ACUCUAUAGUGGUGAUUGGUUGUUUCAUUAUGGAUGGAGGGGAUGAUGGUAACCUUGUUAUCAAAAAGAGGUUUGUGUCUGAGGCAGAACUAGAUGAACGGUGCAAAAGGAGGCAAGAAGAAUGGGAGAAAGUUCAAAAACCUGAAGAUUCAGAAGAAUGUCCAGAGGAGGUUUAUGACCCUCGAUCUCUAUAUGAAAGGCUACAGGAACAGAAGGACAGGAAGCAGCAGGAGUAUGAGGAACAGUUCAAAUUCAAAAACAUGGUAAGAGGCUUAGAUGCAGAUGAGACCAACUUCCUUGAUGAGGUUUCUCGACAGCAGGAACUAAUAGAAAAGCAACAAAGAGAAGAACUGAAAGAACUGAAGGAAUACAGAAAUAACCUCAAGAAGGUUGGAAUUUCUCAAGAGAACAAGAAGGAAGUGGAAAAGAAACUGACUGUGAAGCCCUUAGAAACCAAGAACAAGUUCUCCCAGGUGAAGCUGUUGGCAGGAGCUGUGAAGCGUAAGAGCUCAGAGACUGACAACAGUGUGAAAAGACUGAAACCGGUCCCUGAGCCAGAUGACAAGAAUCAAGAGCCCUCAUCCUACAAGUCUCUCAGAAACACCUCCCUGAGUGGCCCCUCCAUCCACUGCCCCUCUGCUGCAGUCUGUAUCAGCAUCCUCCCAGGCCUGGGUGCCUACUCUGGGAGCAGCGACUCUGAGUCCAGCGCAGACAGUGAAGGCACCAUCAAUGCCACCGGAAAGAUUGUCUCCGCUAUCUUCCAAACCAAUACCUUCCUUGAGGCCCCUAGUUUCUCUGUCCUUACACAGGGAGCUCCUCCCCAGUGGUAG